AUGGCAGGCAUGUUGGGGUGUGUGAGGCUCUGGGCUGCCUUUUGCCUUCUCUCGCUGUGCUGUGCCGUGGACACUAACAAGGAAAGAGCCCUGAGACUGAUGGCAGAGACUCCUCUGAUUGAUGGGCACAAUGACCUGCCAUGGCAGAUGAGGAAGCAAUUCAACAACCAGCUGAACAAAGUGGACCUGAACUCCAUAAAAACCACACACACCAACAUUGCCAAAAUCAAAGAGGGGCGUCUGGCAGCACAGUUCUGGGCUGCCUAUGUACCGUGUGACACGCAAUACAAGGAUGCCGUCCGACAGACACUGGAACAGAUUGACGUCGUCCACAGAAUGUGCCAGAAAUACCCACAAUCCUUCAUGUUCGCCACCAGCAGCAAAGACAUUACAGACGCCUUUGCCCAGAACCGGACGGCCAGCCUGAUCGGGGUGGAAGGCGGGCACUCGAUUGACAGCAGCCUGGGGACCCUGCGUACCAUGUACCAACUGGGCGUGCGCUACCUCACCCUUACCCACAGCUGCACCACGCCCUGGGUUGAUAAUUGGUUGGUGGAUACCGGGUCAGAACCUCCCAUACACAACGGCUUGUCUGAGUUUGGAAUUCAAGUGAUAAAGGAGAUGAACCGGCUCGGGAUGCUGGUGGACCUGGCACACGUGUCUGAGAAGGUCAUGGAGCAGGUGCUGAACGUAUCCGCAGCCCCGGUCAUCUUCAGCCACUCGUCGGCCUACGCUGUGUGCCCUCACAAGAGGAACGUUCCGGACAACAUCCUCAGGAGUGUGAAAGAAAAGAAUGGGAUUGUCAUGGUGAACUUCUACAACGACUAUGUCACGUGCAGCAAGACGGCCAAUCUCUCUGACGUGGCAGAUCACUUUGACCACAUCAAGAAGGUGGCAGGCCCCUCUAUCAUUGGUUUUGGUGGAGACUAUGAUGGGGUCACCAGGGUGCCACACGGCCUGGAGGACGUCUCCAAGUACCCCGACCUGGUGGCUGAGCUGCUGCGGCGCGGUUGGACAGACAGCGAGGUCAAAGCUGCACUCGGGGAGAACCUGCUGAGGGUCUUCAGAGAGGUGGAGAGGGUGCGGGACACCCUGAACGGCACCCAGCCGGGCGACAUCCCCAUCCCGUACGAGGAGGUGCAGAACCCCUGCAGGACCAGCCACGGUUACGACCCUGUGGACAGCGCGGGAAACCCGAUACCCCUCAGCCCCCUGCUCCUGGCACUGACAGCGCUGCUGUCCUGGUGCUACUGA